UCUGACAGUGGAUCUUGAAAGCUUUUUCUAUUUUCUUUUUUCUUUUUUUUCCUGGCCGAUCCGUCAAUAUCAUUUUAUAGAUUUUCCAAUAGACUGAGACAUAGUGAUUCCCUCAUUCCGCUAUUUAAACGCAACUUCCUCCGUCGUAAUCUCAUUUUCUUCACUCCGUCUUUACUACACUCAUCCAACUUUAGAUUCCCUCGUUCGGUUUUAUCAACCCCAUAUUUUAAUAUUUCCAUCCUUUCGGACAUUUAAUCAGCCACCAUGCGUCUCUCCUACGCCGUCUCUCUCUUGCCUCUGGCUGCUUCCGUUGGAGCGCUCCAGGUCACCGAGCCCAAGAAGGGUGAGGAUGUUGACCUCUCCAAAUCCUUCACUGUGAAGUGGGACGCUGUCGAUACCGACCCCUCUUCUUUCGAUCUUUACAUCGUCAACAACGCCGUCUACCCCAGUGUUGAGCAGAAGAUCGCCUCCGACGUUGACAGCUCCAAGGGCUCCUACAGCGUCUCCGGCCUCUCCGACCUGACCAACGGCAAGGGCUACCAGAUCAACUUCCUGUCCAACUCCGCCAAGAACAGCGGCAUCCUCGCCCAGUCCCAGCAGUUCAACGUCGAGGGCUCUUCCGACUCCAGUUCCUCCGCCUCUGCCAGCGAGACCAAGACCGCCUCCUCCACCACUGGCACUGCCACUGCUUCCUCUACUGUUUCCUCCUCCGCCCGUGCCUCUGCUUCCAAGAGCGGUUCCGCCAGCGGUACCUCUUCCGGCAGCGGCCCCAUCUCCACCGGCGCUGGUGCUUCCCUCUCUGCACCCGUCUCCGCCGCCGUCCUCCUGAUGGGCGCGGUCGCUCUUAACCUGUAAGAGUUCGGUUUGCUCCUCAGUUCAGUCGUUCAGACAUCGUGAAAUCUUGCACGGGGGAACGGACACGAAAGCAUAUUAUGCUUAUGCUAGGUUAAGGGAUAAGGUUACUUCGAUACAUGAUGUAAUACGUGGCGCGGGAAAGAUGGGGAGAUAGAAAUGUAUUUUAUUCAAUUCUUAAUAGCAUUCCUUUAGAAUGCUACCUACAUAUCGAAAAAUGAUCGUUGAACCUCUGGGGUUUUUGGACACGUAUCUACAAGUAACUUGUACGUAGGAAAGGAUGGAUGGAUAGAAUAUGUGGUAGCUGCGCUUCCCGAGCUCUCGGCGAACUCUUAUAUGCCGGAUUUUCUGUUGAUCGGGAUCGACCAGUGGGUCUUCUUCUCUUAUUUUAUAGUAUUUGGGUGAUAUUGGACAUCGUUGAAUAGUAUGUAGGAGUACCAUAGAUUAUUUUGGUAAAAUAUUCUCCGUAUGUAUAUCUACGCAUCCAUAAUAAAGUAACGAACUAUCA